UAAACUUCACCACGCCUACUACCUCUUACCUAUGCGUUUCUAUUUCCCACCAAAAACCGACGUCCUUUCAUUUCUUCUCCAAAACACUUUCUCAAGCUCUUCUAUGUUUAUCAACCCCCGGAAACCCUUCCCAUGUCCGUCUCCUCACUCCGGCGAGAAGCGGAUCAAGUAUUACUCCUCUUACCAUGAAAUACUCUUAGUCGGCGAGGGAGAUUUCUCUUUCUCUCUCUCUUUGGCCAUGUCUUUUGGCUCUGCUUCCAAUAUCCUCGCCACUUCUCUCGACUCCUAUGACGACGUGGUGACGAGGUACAAGAAUGCGAGGUUAAAUUUGACGAUUCUGAAUGGUUUGGGUGCGUCUGUUUUGCAUGGAGUCGAUGCGACUAAAAUGAAGUAUCAUACCGACUUACAUAUGCGGAAAUUUGAUCGGAUCAUCUUCAAUUUCCCCCACGCUGGUUUCUUUGGAAGAGGGGACAGUCAUUUAAUGAUUCGGAUUACCCUGGAUAUCACAACAAGAGAGGGCAGGGCAAUAGAUGUGAUUGCCCUUUCUUUUUGGGAUCAUCAACCCUGGUUGGAACCCGAAUAUUCUCGUGUACCGAAGUCCGUCAAUGCACAUCAUAGUAGAUUCAUGACAGGAAUGCUCGACAGUAUGUCAAACCAGAAUGUCUAUUGGCCGAGAAAUUUGAGGUCUAAUUUUGGUGAGAAAACUGUGAGAUCAGAUGCAAGAACCAUUCCACGAUUAUUCCACUAUCUGUAA